ACCGACAUGGUAAUAAUUCGAGAAACUCGAUCGGACAAGAAGUUGGUCGCCAUUAAUUCACCCUCUUUCUGAUCUUCAAUCCAUUAUUACCACAUGGGUUUUGAUACUCAACCAUUCUUCUUUUCAGUAACUGCAAAAUUGGCUAAUCAUUUUUUAUAAAGAAAAGAAAAGAAAAGCAGUGAAGUGAAGAACAAAACACCAAAAGAAAUUGAUUUAUUUUUUGACCGUGGAGCACUUUGGCUGGAUUCAUUGGACUUAAGCGAGCAGCGUUGGCAAAAAAGAACAUACUUUUUCAGUUCCCGAUUUAGGGUUCUUCUUCUUCUUCCCUCUUGCUAAGCACAUGUUUUGAGUCAUCGCAUUCUUGGGAUCAAGCGUGCAGCGGUGUUUCUUGGUGGGUUUGUGCUGAUCUCUCCUAUUUGAAGUCGGUGUACUUGUUUUUUUCGAUCUUGUUUUUGUCGUUUGAUGUUUUGAAUAGCGAAAAGAGAGGAGAAGUUGGUUUAUGUUAGAGGGUUAGUUGUUGAUUCUAUUGGGUUGUUGGGAAUUCUUGAUUCUGAUUUUGUGGUCGAGAUUUGGUGGGGUUUGGUGAGGGGAGAGGAUGGGAGUUGGUUUUUACAAGAGCCCAGAUUGAUUUACUUUAGUGGGUUUCAGUUUAUAGUGGAAUGAGAUUGAAGGUGUGAACGGAUUAGUGUUUUUGCUUGUUGGUAAGAUUAAUUUGUGUGUUUUGUCUGAAAUUAGCACUGGCUGUAAUGGAUAAAGGCAUUGAGAAUUUGGUGUCUGCUAGGAAGUUGUUAAAGGCCAGUGUAGAGAAAUCAAAAGCUCUGGAGUUGUCUUUGGAGAAAACUGGGCCUAGAAUGGAUGAGAUUAACCAGAGAUUGCCGUCUCUUGAAGUGGCAAUUCGACCGAUACGGGCUCAAACCGAUGCUCUUAGUGCUGUUGGUGGGCAUAUUAAUAGAGCUGUAGUCCCUGCAGCUGCUGUUCUUAAGGUUUUUGAUGCCAUCCAUGGCCUUGAGAAAUCGUUGUCCGAUCCUCAGUUGGAUCUGCCGGGGUAUCUUGGUGUGCUUAAGCGUCUUGAAGAGGCCUUAAGGUUUUUGGGAGAGAAUUGUGGGAUGGCGAUUCAGUGGUUGGCUGAUAUUGUGGAGUAUUUGGAGGAUAAUAAGGUGGCAGACUCACGGUUUAUCUCGGGUUUGAAGACGGCGUUGAAGAGUCUUCGGGAACUGGAGGCUGGUGAGGAGAAGGGUCGUCUUGAUGGUGGGCUGCUUGAAGUUGCUUUGGACAGAUUGGAGAAUGAGUUUCGUCGGCUGUUGACGGAGAACAGUGUUCCGUUGCCUAUGUCUUCUCCUACCUUGCCUGGUGAACAAGCCUGCAUUGCGCCGUCGCCUCUGCCAGUGGCUGUUAUCCAGAAGUUACAAGCUAUUUUAGGGAGAUUGAUUGCUAAUGGCAGACUCGACAAUUGUAUAUCCAUUUACGUCGAGGUCCGGAGUUUAAAUGUUCGAGCAAGUUUGCAAGCGCUUAAUUUGGAUUAUCUUGAGAUAUCUGUCUCCGAGUUCAAUAAUGUGGCGAGCAUAGAGGUUUAUAUAGCUCAGUGGGGCAAGCAUUUGGAGUUUGCCGUGAAGCACCUGUUUGAAGCAGAAUACAAACUUUGCAACGAUGUGUUUGAGAGGAUGGGUUUGGAUGUUUGGAAGAGUUGUUUUGCUAAAAUAGCCGCCCAAGCAGGAAUUCUUGCUUUCCUGCAGUUUGGAAAAACAGUCACAGAAAGUAAGAAGGAUCCAAUUAAGCUACUCAAGUUGUUGGACAUUUUCGCUUCCCUAAGUAAACUAAGAUUGGAUUUCAACCGACUCUUUGGCGGAGACGCCUGUGCUGAAAUACAGAACCUGACAAGGGAUCUGAUCAAGAGGGUGAUCGAAGGGGCCUGUGAAAUUUUCUGGGAGCUUUUGGUGCAGGUUGAACUGCAAAGACAUGCCCAGCCUCCCGCAGAUUGCAGUAUUCCUAGAGUGGUUACUUUUAUCACUGAUUACUGCAACAAACUUCUCGGGGACGACUAUAAGCCAAUCCUAACACAAGUUCUUGUCAUCGAGAGAAGUUGGAAGCAUGAAAAAUUCCAAGAGAGGAUCCUUGUUGGCGAGCUUCUGAAUUUAGUUAAAGCCAUUGAGCUGAACUUGGAAACAUGGUCCAAGGGUUAUGAAGACGCGGUUUCGUCCUAUCUAUUCUUGAUGAACAAUCACUGGCACUUGUACAAGUAUCUGAAAGGCACGAAGCUCGGUGGGCUUCUCGGAGACUCUUGGUUAAGCGAACAUGAACAGUAUAAGGAGUACUAUUCUACCAUAUUCCUGCGGGAAAGCUGGGGCAAACUUCCAGCACUUUUAAGCAGGGAAGGUCUGAUUCUAUUUUCUGGUGGGCGUGCAACGGCCCGUAAUCUGGUAAAACAGCGACUGAAAUCUUUUAAUGAAGCUUUCGACGACAUGCACAAGAAACAAUCCAACUGGGUAAUCCCAGACAAAGAUUUGCGGGAUAAAACAUGUCAGGUUAUAAUUCAGACUAUCGUGCCUGUCUACCGGAGCUACAUGCAAAAUUACGGGCCGCUGGUCGAACAAGACCCAAGUGCAAGCAAAUACGCGAAAUACACAGCUCAGUCGCUGGAGAAAAUGUUCAACUCUCUUUUCCAUCCGAAACCAGCAAAACAGGGUAGUUUCAAAGUGAGGCAACCAAGUGGUAAAUUCAACAACGGGGUUGUGGAUCAGUAUCAAACCUCCCCAACUGCUGUUAAGUGAUUAAUAUGUCAAAGUCCCGCCCUCCCGCCUCCCGCCUCGUCAUUUAAAUGAUUUGCCAACACCCUGUGUAUAUAUAGGCUUCCUUGGAUGUCGUUGACCAUCAUCGUUUUCCAAUUUCAGAUACAAUAAUAGAGUGGUGGCACUCGAUGCUUUUGAGGUAUGGUUACAUGAACUCCUAGGGGCUUCGUAACACAUCGACUUCCCAAAGACACCACGAACUGCUCCGUUUUCGCUCCCUGGAUCUGUAGAGGAAAUUCAUAACUGUAUCUAUUCAUUUAUCACAUAUCUUUCUUGGCAACUCUAUCACUAGUUAAGUUGCAGUGCAGAUUGCUGUUAUCCCUGUUGCUGCCUGUGUGCUUGAUUAGUGUUAUUCACUGUCUGGAAAGGAUACGAAAACCAUAGAAGGCUAUAGCUGUAAGAAUUUCAAGCACAAGUUCAAUUAUCAAGAAUCAAACAGUCCUAUGAACAACA